UCCGGGAGGUGCAGGCCGCGGCAGGCCAAGAGGAGCCGAAUCUUCAGGAACGCCCGCCGGAGCGCGCAGGUGCACGCAGCAUCAUGGCUGAUGGGAAGACCAAGGUUGCCAAGACUGCCAACAGGACACCCCCCAAAUCCCCAGGGGACCCCAAUAAGGACAGGGCAGUCAAGAGGCUGUCGCUGGAGUCCGAGGGUGGUGCCGAGGGAGUGGCCGCAGCAGUCCCAGAACUGAGUGCCCUGGAGGAGGCCUUCCGGCGGUUUGCAGUACACGGAGAUACCAGGGCAUCUGGGAAGGAGAUGCAUGGCAAGAACUGGUCCAAGCUGUGCCGGGAUUGCCAGGUGAUUGACGGGAAGAAUGUAACGGUCACUGACGUGGACAUCGUCUUCAGCAAGAUCAAGGGCAAAGGCUGCAGGACCAUCACCUUUGAGCAGUUCCAGGAGGCCCUUGAGGAGUUGGCCCGCAAGCGCUUCAAGGACAAGAGUGCAGAGGAAGCUGUACGUGAGGUACACCGGCUGGUGGAGGGCCGUGCGCCCAUCAUCUCGGGGGUCACGAAAGCCGUCUCCUCACCCACCGUAUCCCGACUCACCGAUACCACCAAAUUUACUGGCUCCCACAAGGAGCGCUUCGAUCCAUCGGGCAAGGGCAAGGGCAAGGCUGGCCGCGUGGACCUGGUGGACGAGUCAGGCUAUGUGCCUGGCUACAAGCAUGCAGGCACCUAUGAUCAGAAAGUGCAGGGGGGCAAGUAGAGCGGCCGCCCCCUGCCCCACACCCAGGGUCCCAUUGCUGGCCGCGUCGUGUCACC